AUGACCUCACCUAAGGAUGUGUCGAUCAUCGUUAAAUGGAAUGGAAAAGAGUAUCCGAUAACGAAUAUCAGCCGUAAAGAAACGGUGGCCAUGCUCAAGCAUAAAAUUGCAGAACUCACUAACGUUCAGCCCGAACGACAAAAGCUGUUAAAUCUGAAGUAUAAAGGCAAAGUGGCUGCCGAUGACUUACGGUUAAGUUCGUUAGAACUUAAGCUGCAUUUUAAAUUGAUGAUGGUCGGGUCUCGCGAAGCUGAUAUCCAAGAUGUGCAGAACUUAAUCAACAACCAGGAUAUCUCAGACGACAACGAUGAACCGACUACAUGUGACCACAACGGGGAGCCAACCAGCUCAAUGAACGACUAUGAACUGAAACGAAAAUCUCAACAUGAAACAGCUGAAAUGUCAGAGGGACAGAAAGUGAUUGAAUACAAGGAAACGCCAACGAGAUUCGACGAUUUAUGCGACGACGUAAUUGAUUCGAUUCUGUAUCUUUUGGAACUGCAGGAUUUGGCAUACGUUUCCGACGUAAACAAACAACUUCGAAAUAUUGCUGGAUCAGUAUUCUCUCGAAAAUAUGGAAAUCAUCUAAUAUCAAUUGAUCGCAUUCCAAAAACCUCGAAAUG